GCUGUUUUUGCAGUUUUCUGUCGGUGUCAAAAAUUUUCGUUUGCAUUUCUGAUAUUUUAUCCAUACUACUUGCAUAUUGUCGAGUUUAAAGUAAUCAAAAGGGCACUGCUGUACGGAAAAUAACGAGGUAUUACUUGCAAAUAUUUGGUAAAUAAACUCUCCUUUUGUGUCUUGUACGCCGCUCUAACAAACAACGGCAAGGUUAAGGCUACAAAAAAAAACUUGGAAGCGUACCUCUAUCACCAGAACCCAUCUAAACAUGGCCUCAACAAUGCAGCUGGAGUUCUCGCAGGCCAUGUCUGAUUUCAAGACCAUGUUUCCAGACAUGGAUCGUGAAGUUAUUGAGGCAGUGUUGCGUGCAAAUCAAGGCGCAGUGGAUGCGACAAUCGACCAGCUGCUGGCAAUGUCAACCGAUAACCAGAACGAAAAGCUGCGCAAUGAAUUGGAUGCUAAAACGUCACCACAACGCAGUUUAAUCAAUCUGCACGGCACGGAAACGCAACCUGCGACCGCACAGUUGAUUGACACCUCUGAUGGUAGUGGCACAACAGUGCCGAACAAUCAACAAACUCCAGCCGCAGCGGCCAAUGCAGUGUUAUUGAAUCUCAGUGGCAGUAAUGGUGUAAAUGCAUCACCCAAUCAUAAUACAGGUGCAUCACCUAAGCAACGAUUGGUAAGUGCCACCAACAAAUCGUCAGCCAGCGGAACACCAAAACGCAAUGCUCCUCAUGGUACACGACGUUGGAAUCCACCUAUGAUCGGCCCUCUCCCGCCUGGCUUUCUACGCAUUACCCCAACCACGCAGGAUGGAGUAACGCGUGAUUUUGACUUGCCAGACGAACAGUUUGCAAUGAUGUUGCAAAAUGAAGAAUUCAUGAAUCAGUUGCGAUGGAAUCAGGAAUUUAUGAAUGCUCUGGAAAAAGAACAGUGCGGCAAAGCUAAAGGUGAAGAUGAUGCAGCAUUUAAAGAGCGACUAAAGCAUAUGGGUAAGAUGUCCAGGAAGAAAUUCUUACAAAUGGCGCGAGUUUUUACGUGGCAGCGCAACAAGAAGACAACAACAGCCAAACAAAUUGAUUCGCUGCCAUUGAAGGAAGAGCCUAGCGACGAUGAAGAGCACCAUCAUCAGCAACAGCGUAAGUAAAGGGAGGAAUAAGAUAGCAAAGGAAAGACAAGUACGCUUAGGAUACGGUAUGACUUUGUUUAGACAUUACUUAUUGUUUCAAUUUAAAAAAAAACAUGUAUUUUUAAGUAAAAGUAGUUAGUUAAAAUAUUCCGGUUUACUUUUUAGUAAUACAUAUGUAUGUAUAAUAAUUUUUUUAUUUCAUGCUUUACAUACGAGAUUGCAAUUAUCUAAUGUGAUGCUCCUAAGAUUUCCCUGCUGAUAAGCGUAUUUGUUUAUACUUAUUCUUUAAUAUAUUUAAAAGUGGUUGCUUGUUAAGGCAAACACCUAAAUUCUACAAGUACACAAAAGCUUUGAAAAAAUUAAAACUUUAUCUUAAGUGAUCUUAGUUAUCAAAUAAUGUAUGAGAAUUAUGUUAAGACGAGUAAAUGGCGUGAAAGGUUGUAGUGUAUAAAUGAGAAGUGCAAUAAAAGAUUGUGCAGUUGAGCUUGGAAACUAUUAUUUAAAGCAAAUAUUUUGUUUUUUAUAGCUUGAUAAGCAGUUGUUAUUUGUUAUUGACUGAUACAAAGUACGUGGACGUUGUAAUAUGUACAUAUAUAUUUAAAUAAAUUGUAUGAUUUUUAACAGUAUUUUAUAUUUUGGCCUGAUGUACAAUUUGUUAAAAUUUAAGAUUGAUAUGAAAGAAGUUUUGAUUCCAAAUGCAAUUUUUGUAUUUGUAAAGAAUUUUUCCAAAUUUUUAAAUACACAAAUUUUAUAUUAAGGCUCAAAUCGUUAUCAACGUAAACAUUCAACGUUGGGUAUAAAUGUGCAAGCUUCCUUGUAGUAAAAUUCGAAUCUCAAAGCGAUGGUAGUGCAAUAAAUGAUAAAUUGACUUAAAUUUAAUGCUGUUCUUGCACCUUAUAACGUUUGUUUUAAAAGAAAAUACUUGGCAGGACUGAAUAGAUACAUAAUUAUUAGAUUAAUAACAGCAAGAGGCGCAGAGAUUUAAAAAAUGAUUCACCAGUGUAUGCACAUAUGUAUAAUUAUGUAACUUAAACCAUCAAAAUUAACGCUAUAAUAAGAAAACUGGUCUGAAAUUCUUCAAACCAACAUAAAAUGUCUCAAAAAUCUGCAAGCCAGAAAAUUAAAAUUCAAAUUCGUAUGGUAUGCAGAGUGAGAAUUAAUUUAUCAUCAGAAAAGAGUUAAAAACCACAAACCCCAAAAAAGCUUAUAUUGCAUAAAUUCCUAGAAACAUACACAUAUAUACAUAUAUGGUUAAAUUAAUAACUGUUAUGAUAAAUUAAAAUUGUAUAAAUCUUAAUAAAACAUGACUAGUCACAAUUAAAUUUAUAAAAUAAAGAAUAAAACUACAUGCAUAUAUUGUAUCAAAUUUUCCGUCAACUAGUAACAAUAGUUUUUACUUGUCGUAGAUAAACUAAAAAGAGUUUAUUAAUAAUAAUCAGUAAGCAAAGAACAAAAAUAUAAAAGUAAACUAUUUAAAAGGCGCAUUCAAGUUUAUUGUAAUCGAAAAAUUUGUGUUUGAGGUAGAAAAUUAUUUAAUGCAAUUUCCAAAUUUCACACAAUGCAGGUUUCUCAAUUAAAAACUGUAUAAUGCACAGUUUCAUAUUUCAAAAUUUGUGUGGUACUUUAUAUUUAC